ACCGACCAGGCUUGGGAUGUAUUGGAGUGUGGAAAGAAGCCGAGAACGUGAAGGAGUUGCAGCAGUUCCUAGGCUUCGCUAAUUACUACAACAGGUUCGUGCCACAGUAUGCAAAACUCGCGGCACCACUCACGAAUCUGCUGAAGAAGAACACGUCCUACAAAUGGGAGACGAAGCACCAGGAAGCCGUGGAGCAACUGAAACAAGCACUGACAUCCGCACCGGUACUCAUCUUGCCAGAUCCCGAACGUGACUACGUCAUUGAAGCAGACGCCAGUGAUCAGGCCGUGGGUGCAGUCUUGAUGCAAGACCAGGGGAAUGGACUGCAACCAAUUGCCUACCUCAGCAAGAAACUGCACGGGGCAGAACUCAACUACCCGAUACACGACAAAGAGGCUCUUGCUAUCGUCAUCGCCUUCAAAGCGUGGAGAUGCUAUCUCGAAGGACGACGAACGACCGUCUACACCGACCACUGCCAGCCUGAAAUAUUUGAAGACACAACCCAACCUUUCCAGGCGGCAGGUCCGGUGGAUCGACUUCCUCGAGACACACUUCCACUACGACAUCGUGUACAAGCCCGGCCACAAGAACAAAGCAGACGCUCUCAGCCGGCCUGCACACGUUGCCGCGAUUCAGAUCGAAGGGAUGAAUCCACUACUCAAGGGACUCUUCACCCACGGGUACGCCAUCGACCCGAAAUUCCAUUGGCAGAAAAGCGACAUCUGUACAGUGGGACAAUGACAUCGCAUACCGGAAGGAUCCACAAAAAUCUGGGUACCCAAUUACCCUCCUUUGCGCCAGUUACUACUCGAAGAAUACCACGACGUCCUGUACGCGGCCACUUCGGUAGCAACAAGACGCUCACCGGUAUCGCCAAACACUACUACUGGCCCCAUAUGGCAGACGACGUCCAGAAAUUCGUCACCUCGUGUGAUACAUGUCAGCGGAUGAAGAGCAGCAAGCAGAAAAAGGCGGGACUACUGCAGCCUCUUCCUGUCCCAGAACAACCAUGGCAAGUGUUAGCCUGGACUUUCAUCACCGGGUUACCACCUACCUCCAGCGGUCAUGACGCCAUCCUUGUCGUCAUUGACAGUUCUCCAAAAUGGGACACUUCAUCCCGACACACACGACGGCACGCACCGAGGAGACAGCACAGCUCUUCGUUCGUCACAUCAUCUCACAGCAUGGCAUCCCAACUACACUCAUCUCCGACCGAGACCCCAAGUUCACCAGCAAGUUCUGGAAGGAACUUAUGUCUCUGCUCGGCACCAAACUCGCCAUGUCAUCCGCAUACCAUCCGCAGACAGACGGACAGACGAGCGCCUCAACCAAAUUCACAGGUCACUCCUGUUACCUUCCGCUUACGCCUGCCAGCUACCUGGAAGAUUCACAACGCCUUCCAUGUCCAACUUUUGAAGCCCUAUCGAGAUCCUAACACGAUCUUCGUGGGACGUCCAGCCGCCGCCGCCGCCGCCCGUCCUCGUCCAGAACGAACCCGAGUACGAGGUCGAGUCCGUGCUUGCACAUCGCGUCGAUAGAGAUAAACCUGGUUACCUGGA